AUGGUUGCCACAAAGCUUGAUGGCACUGCCAUCGCCAAGUCUAUUCGCGAGCGCCUUGGCAUCGAGGUUGCUGAGAGGCAGAAGCUCAACCCCAGGUACAAGCCCUGCCUCAAGAUCAUCCAAGCCACCUAUGUUCGCAUGAAGCUCAAGGCCGCUUCCGAGGCCAACAUUGAUUGCGAAUUGAUCCACCUGCCCGACGACAUCUCGGAGCCCGAGCUGCUCGACCAGAUCCGCUCGCUCAACCAGGACCCCGAUGUCCACGGAAUCCUCGUCCAGCUCCCCGUCCCCGCCCACAUCUCCGAGUACGCCGUCACGUCUUCGGUGGCUGACGAGAAGGAUGUCGACGGCUUCGGCACCAACAACAUUGGCGAGCUGGCCAAGAAGGGCGGUAGCCCCCGCUUCAUCCCUUGUACUCCCAAGGGUGUUAUGCACCUCCUCAAGGAGUCGGGCGUCGACCUGGCCGGCAAGGGUGCCGUCGUCAUUGGCCGCAGCGACAUUGUCGGCAGCCCCGUGAGCUACCUGCUCAGGAACGCUGACGCCACCGUCACCGUCUGCCACUCCAAGACCAGGAACCUCCAGGAGCUCCUCAAGACGGCCGAUGUCGUCGUCGCCGCCAUUGGCAGCCCCAAUUUUGUGGAGGGUGAGUGGCUCAAGGAGGGUGCCGUCGUCAUCGACGUGGGCACCAACUUUGUCCCCGACGAGACUAGGAAGACGGGCUUCCGCCUGGUGGGCGACGUCAACUACGAAUCGGCCUGCCAGGUCGCGUCGGCCAUCACGCCCGUCCCUGGUGGGGUAGGACCCAUGACGGUGGCCAUGUUGAUGCAGAACGUUGUCGACGCCACGACGCACUAUUUUGAGAGGCAGAAGCUGAGGAAGACGAUCCCUCUGCCUCUAAAGCUCCAGGACCCUGUGCCGUCCGACAUUGCCGUGUCGAGGUCCCAGACGCCCAAGCAGAUUACGCGCAUUGCCGAAGAGGUUGGCAUCGCCCCUCACGAGCUGGAGCCGUACGGAGCCUACAAGGCCAAGGUGGACCUGAGCCUGCUUAAGCGUCUCUCGCACCGCCGCGACGGCCGCUAUGUGGUCGUUACGGGCAUCACGCCCACGCCGCUGGGCGAGGGAAAGUCGACGACGACCAUGGGUCUGGCCCAGGCUCUGGGUGCCCACCUGGGACGCCUGUCGUUUGCCAACGUACGCCAGCCCAGCCAGGGCCCUACCUUUGGUAUCAAGGGUGGCGCUGCCGGCGGUGGCUACAGCCAGGUCAUCCCCAUGGACGAGUUCAACCUGCACCUGACGGGCGACAUCCACGCCAUCACGGCGGCCAACAACCUUCUGGCUGCGGCCAUCGAGACGCGCAUCUUCCACGAGAACACGCAGAAGAACGGACCCCUCUACCGGCGCCUGGUUCCGGCCAAGAACGGGCAGCGCAAGUUUGCCCCCGUCAUGCUGCGCCGCCUCAAGAAGCUGGGCAUCGACAAAACGAACCCGGACGACCUCAAUGAGGAGGAAAUCGGCCGGUUUGCACGUCUCGACAUUGACCCGGACACGAUCACUUGGAGGCGCGUGCUGGACGUCAACGACCGCCACCUUCGCGGCGUGACGGUCGGCACGGCGUCGACGGAGAAGGGCCAGGCGCGUGAGACAGGCUUCGACAUCUCGGUGGCGAGCGAGUGCAUGGCCAUUCUUGCCCUGAGCACCAGCCUGGCGGAUAUGCGCGAGAGGCUGGGCCGGAUGGUGGUUGCGUCGUCGCGGGCGGGUGACCCGGUGACGUGCGACGACAUCGGUGCGGGCGGCGCCCUGACGGCGCUCAUGAAGGAUGCCAUCAAGCCCAACCUGAUGCAGACGCUCGAAGGCACGCCGGUGUUCGUGCACGCCGGUCCGUUUGCCAACAUCAGCAUCGGGCAGAGCUCGAUCCUGGCAGAUAAGCUGGCGCUCAAGUUGGCGGGCACGGAGCCGGACGAGGACCACGACGCCAAGGCCGGCUUCGUCGUGACGGAGGCCGGCUUCGACUUCACCAUGGGCGGCGAGCGUUUCUUCAACAUCAAGUGCCGGGCAUCGGGACUCGUCCCGGACGUGGUGGUGGUCGUGGCGACGGUGCGCGCGCUCAAGGUGCACGGCGGCGGCCCACCCAUCGCACCCGGAGCGGCGCUGGACCCGGUGUACAAGCAGGAGAACGUCGAGAUCCUACGGGCGGGCUGCGUCAACCUGCGCAAGCACAUUGAGAACGCGCGGUCGUUUGGCGUGCCGGUGGUGGUGGCCAUCAACAAGUUCGGCACGGACACGGAGGCCGAGAUUGCGGUGGUGCGCGAGGAGGCGAUGGCGGCGGGCGCGUCGGACGCCAUCCUGGCCAACCACUGGGCCGAGGGAGGUGCCGGAGCGGUCGACCUGGCCAGGGGCGUCGUGGCGGCGAGCUCGAAGCCCAAGGACCUGACGGCCUCGGGCCAGCUGCGCCUGACGUACGACCUCGAGGGAUCGAUCCAGGAGCGCAUCGAGACCAUCGGCCGCAACAUGUACGGGGCGGCGGGCGUCGAGUUCAGCGAGCUCGCGCAGUCCAAGGUGGACACGUAUACCCGGCAGGGAUACGGCAACCUGCCCAUCUGCGUGGCCAAGACGCAGUACUCGCUGUCGCACGAUCCGGAUCUGAAGGGUGCUCCCACCGGCUUCACCAUUCCCAUCCGGGAUGUCCGCAUGGCUGCGGGUGCCGGUUAUCUGUACGCCCUUGCGGCUGAUGUCCAGACUAUCCCCGGUCUCCCGACGGCACCGGGAUACCUCAAUGUCGAUGUCGACACCGAGACGGGUGAGAUUGACGGUCUGUUCUAG